GGUGAUUUUGAUUUUCGUCCUUGUCAGCCUUUUCAAAAUCCCAUCCAUUGUUGCUAAGUUGGUUUGUCAUUAACGCAGUUAUACUUAAAAAUCAUCACAUCAGUUUGUGUCGUUAUAGAUCUUAAUAAAUCUUCAGCGUUUUGGUCUUCAAACUGAAGCUUAUCAGCUUAAUCUUUUCGACAUUUAUUUCACUACGAUGUGUUAAGACAUGGCAUUCAAACAAUAGGAUGACCAUAUGGUUAACAUAUGUUUACAACAGUAGGAGUCCAUCUAGAAACACGUGGAAACUAAUUCUACGUCUGUCGGAGAUAAACCCUGGAAUCCCAGAGAAAGAGUGGUGUAAAAGGACCCACAAUUGUUGCCGACCUUAAGGACCAUGAGACUUAUUCCUUGCGUUUAGUUGUGUGAUGAAAAGCUCAAUAAAUCUCCCCUCAAGUAAAUCGAUUGCGUCGGUCUGAGCUUAAGGGUCGUUUUGUAACAUUCAAACAACAAUGGCAUAAGAAUCCGGAUAUGUGAACUUAUAAUUUGUAGACAGACCGAUCAGCUACAAAAUCGUUUUGCUGAAUCAACUUUUGCAAAGUGAGAUGCUAAUAUCAAAUCACUUCAACCAACAAAGUUUAGGGCGUACCCGUCUUCUCGAUUUGUUAUGAGGUUAAUGAAGUUCGGGUGAGACUAUAAUUUUCGGACGACCUCUGAGUGACGUUAAAGUCACCUUGAGAGUGUCCACUUAAUAACUAUGACCAAAUAAGAGUUACAAACCAGUAUAUAGAAUUAGAAUAAUGGUUUGCAGCUGAUGGUUAGGGUUAGGAAUUAGAUUUAGGGUUCACAUCACGGACUGACACCAACUAUAAUGCCGAAACUCUAUAUAGCCAAAUGUAUAGGUGAAUUUCGCGUCAAAAUCUGAGACCUGUUGUUUUGUGCCUGAUUGGUUCGUCCAUAAAUUAUAGUCUCGCCGAAGUUCGCAAUUUCUUCCAACGACAUGUUUCUGAAAUCCUGUAGAUCACCAAGGCUGAAUGCAGCUUCAAGGUUACAAAAGAUAGCUAUAAUUUAGCGUUGAAAAUUAUAUCUAUAUUCAAAAAUCCAAAGUAAGGUACACACCUGAUCUAUGCGUCCACGUUCGGGUCUAGAAUGGUGAGAUGACCUUUGAGCGACGCUAAACUGACCCUGAGAAUGUUCAUUUACUAGUCAGGAAUUAAUAACGAUUAUGAACCAGUGUGAAUUAACAUAAGCUAGAAUGCUAAAACGCUAUUUAGUCAAGCAGAUGAGUGAAUUUUGAGCCAAAAUCCAAGACCUGUCUUCUUAUAUCUGAUUGAUCCGUCCAUAAAUUAUAAUCUUGCUGUUUUUGACGCUAUAUUAAAUUGAUACUUCUGUAAUCAUUAUGAUGUCUUCUGUGUUUUCGUAUAAACUGGGGAGAAUGGUGAUCGCUAUCAGGCUGUUCGAGUUACCUCGGGCUCCCAAACUAGCCAGUAUCGUAGUCAGUCUUAUCGCUGAACCUAUACAGCCGUCCUUGAAAAACUGAAAAUAUCUGAUCAAGAACAGUUUAUGUUCAUUGCUUUAGGUUAGUUAUAUCUUUUACUGUUUUGAUGGAAUUCGAAGAUCAAAUCAGGCUGCUACUGAGUAGUAGGUAACUAAAGUUUAGCCUAGACCUAAUUGAACUAUUCAUUAUAUUAAUUUACUCAUUGUUCAGGCUGCGUCGUUUGGGGAUUUUUAAAGACAGCCUCUUUAAGGUUUGACACCUUAAUUUCAAUUUACCUAUUUAUUGUUACACUUCAAUUGUACACAAAUAGUAAAAUAUGCGAUUUAAUAAGUGAAGUCGCUACUUAGGAUUCGUAUGGUUAUCAUGUCUGCUUUUUUAUAUUUUACCAGUCUACUGAAAUGGACAUUAUUUCUAAUGGACACCAGAUUGUUUUACGGCCUGUACAAUAAUCGUAGAAUUGUGAAAACCAAUCGAACAUCUUAUCUUGGAUAUUAAGAACGUACCUACAGCAAACCUGAUUACGGCAACCAAGAGGACUUACGAAACUUAGGAAUGAACAGAGUUGUGAUGCUACUUGAUAUGGACUGUUUCUAUGUUCAAGUUGAACAACGGGAAUUUCCUGAAACUAAAGGGAAGCCAUGUGUUGUUUCACAGUAUAGUGAGUGGAAAGGUGGAGGGUUGGAUCAUUAUUUUGAUGAUUUUUUAUCUUUAGAGCUUUAGCCAUAAGUUACGAAGCCAGGGCUCUGGGUAUCAAGCGUGGGAUGUUUAGUGAUGAAAUUCGAGUUCAGCAUCCAGAAGUGAUAAUUUUUAAAGUUCCUGAGAAACGAGGUAAAGCAGAACUUACAAGAUAUCGGGAUGCGAGUUCUGAAGUGAUUCAGUGUAUAUCCGAAUUCACUAGCGACAUUGAGAGGGCUAGCAUUGAUGAGGCCUACGUUGACUUAACUGGUAUCGUAGAUUCAGUCUUGGUCCAGGAUGACAAUUUGUCAUCAAUGCAGCCCAAUCCAGAGUCUUACGUGUUAGUUAGCAGCGAUAUUGCUGAGGAGUCAAAGUUAGAACUUACCAAAACCAACUGUGUUUCUCUCAACGGUGUUGAUUGGAUCCAGUUGCUAGACUCUAACUUUGCAGAAGGAAGGCGAUUAGCUGUAGCUUCUGAAUUGGUAUAUCGCAUUAGACAGUCUGUAUUUACAAAAACAGGAUUUAGAUGUUCCGCUGGGAUUGGUCCAAAUAAAUCGAUUGCUAAAUUGGCAUGCAGUCUAAAUAAACCAAAUAAACAAACAAUUAUUCCGCGUGAAUCGAUUCCCAUUUUAUUAGAAAAUACUCAUAUAAAUAAAAUACGUAAUUUAGGUGGCAAACUUGGAAGUGCUGUUGUUAAGCGAUUGAAAAUUGAGACACUUGGUCAGCUAAGUUCAAUUCCAUUGUCUGUGCUCACAAAAGAAUUUGGUGAAAAAACAUCAAAAUGGCUUCAUGACUUAUCUCACGGGAUUGAUCAUGAAGUGGUUACUACUCGAUCACUUCCAAAGUCUGUUGGUUGUAGUAAAAAUUUCCUUGGACGUGCAACACUUACAUCAAGUGAACAAAUUAAACGAUGGUUAUUAUGUUUAGCUGAAGAAAUAUUUGAAAGAUUAGAUGUUGAUUAUCAUCAAAAUCAACGUUAUCCUACUCGAUUAAUUCUUUAUGCACGUACAACCAAUGAUCCAGGAUACAUUGGUGGGAUAUCACGUACACUUCCAUCUAAUCUUUUACAAUUCAUUGGUUAUGGAAAUCGAAGUAUCAUAAAUAAUGAUGAUGGAAACUGUAGUAAUACUAGUGAUUUAGAUAAUAAGUUACUUAAGUAUACAAGUCAAAUUGAAAAACUUGCAAAUACUGCUUUGAUCAUUUUAAAGGAAGUCCUUUUUAAAGGGGAAGCUCCGGAAACAUGGGAUCCUGGUAUAAAUUGUUUAGGUCUUUCAGCUGGGAAAUUCUUAUCUAAUUCCUCUACUUCAAAUGCUGAUAUUCGAUCUUUAUUACAAAAAAAACAAAUAGAAUCUAUAAAAAAUGAUGCCGUUCCUCAGCAAGAAUUAAUGGAAUCUAUUCCACCUGAAAAGUCUACAUCACCAUCAUUAGUUAAAUUGUCUUCUGAUAAUGAUGUUAAAAAUGAUACAGUCAACAUUUCACCUGAUAGAAAACGUAGUUCUAAUGAUUCUACUAUAAAUAUUGACACAAAUAAUCUUUCAUUUUUUAAACGUUUGAGAGUCGCUGAAAUCUCAGCUCCAUUUCAUCCAACUCCAUUGAUUAACAAUCCCAAUAGUAAUAAUAAUGCAAGUGAGAAUAAGAAUUUUUUAUUAGUAGAAAAUCAAAGUGGAAAACUCAUUUCCAAUUCAAUAAUAACAUCAACCGAUGUCCCAUUGCAUCAAUCAUUAGAACAGAAUAAAUCAUCCACAUUAGACGAUUCAUCUUAUUUAGAAGUUGACUCAGAAUCACGUCAUUCAACAUCAACAAAUUCAGAUUCGUCUAAUUUUUUCAAAUCAUAUUCAAUUGGUGAUUGGAUUAUUUGUGAUAAAUGUAAUUCACGUAUAUCUGUAUGGCAAUUACCAGAACAUGAAGAUUUUCAUAUAGCUCAACGUAUACAACAUGAAUGGUCAAAUAAGGAAAUCAAUAUAAACACAACAUCAAUAGAAACAACGUCAUUAACAAAAUCUAAUGAUACUACUAAUUCAAAUCAAGUAAAUAAUUCAUUAACAAAUAAAAUAUCUUCCAAUCAAAAAUCAGCUAAAAUUAAAUCUAAUUUAAAACAAUCAAAAUCAAUAAAAAAACAUCAGAAAUCAAUUAAAGCUACUCCUGGAAGUUUAGAUAAAUAUUUUCAUAAAAUCUCUUAAAAUAUAUAUCUAUAUAUAUCAAUGAUAUAAAUAUGUAUUGUAUGCUUUUUAAAUGUUCAAUGGAUUUCCAAUUAUCAAUAUUGUUAAUUAUAUUAAUUUUUUUGUUUUACUAUUGUACUUCUCUGAUGUUUUUGUAUAAGAGAAAGAUUAUGAUUUAAUGUUGUUUCUUUCCAUGUUUCAUUUUUCUUAGAAUAAUGAUAAUUUUUUUUCAGUAUUCUUUUAUUACUGAUGAAUGUUUCAAGUCUUUUCUAAAAAAGUGAUUGUACUAUGUUCUACUUAUAAAAAAAAUCAAUACAAUAAAGCUUGUGCUUUUCA